AUGAUACAAAAAUACAAAGAAAUACAGAGAAAUACAAAGAAAUACAAAAAACACAAAGAAAUACAAAUAAAGUCUAAAUUGACUGAACCGAGUGUGCAAUGUAAAAUGACGGGCAAAUGCCAGCGGAAAGACCCGCCAUGCAAAUAUCUCCACCCACCCCAACACCUCAAAGAACAACUCCUACAAAAUGGCCGCAACAAUCUAGCAUUCAAACAACAACAGACACAAUCUUUCAACAAAACUCUCCAGCUCUAUCUACAACAACAACAACAACAUCAUCUUCAGCUACAUCAACAUCAUCUUCAGCUGCAGCAACAGCAGCUGCUGCAACAACAACAACAGCAGCUGCAACAACAGCCACAACAUUUUGUCAACGCAUCUUACGUUAUACCAGUUGUGUACGAUGUUAACUACAAUCAAAUACUGGCCAAUCGGAUCACUGAAUCGAAUUACUCUGUUGGUAAAUGUACUAAAACCUUUGAAAUAAAGAACUCUACAUGA